AUGACACCCCGGAGCGUUGCAAUACUCCUGCGUGACACCCUGAAGCGUUGCAAUGCUCUUGCCGGACACCCUGGAGCGCUGCAAUGCUCUUGCCGACCACCCUGGAGCGUUGCAAUGCUCUUGCCGACCACCCAGGAGCGUUGCAAUGCUCUUGCCGGACACCCGUGCAUUGCAAUGCUCUUUCCGGACACCUGGAGCUGCUCUUGCCGACCACCUAGGAGCGUUGCAAUGCUCUUGCGGGACACCCCGGAGCGUUGCAAUGCUCUUGCCGAUCACCCAGGAGCGUUGCAAUGCUCUUGCCAGACACCUCAGAGCGUUACAAUGCUCUUGCCGGCCACCCUGGAACGUUGCAUGCUCUUCUCGGACACCCCGGAAGGUUGCAAUGCUCUUGCCGGACACCCUGGAGCGCUGCAAUGCUCUUGCCAACCACCCUGGAGCGUUGCAGUUCUCUUGCCGACCACACUGGAGCAUUGCAAUGCUGUUGUUGGACACCUGGAGCAUUGCAUGCUCUUGCCGGACACCCCGGGGCGCUGCAUUUCUCUUGCCGACCACCCUGUGCGUUACAAUGCUCUUGCCGGACACCCUAGAGCAGGAUUCCAUCCCCUUCUCCCAGAUUCCAUCCCCUUCUCCCUCAUUCCAUCCCCUUCUCCCAGAUUCCAUCCCCUUCUCCAAGAUUCCAUCCCCUUCUCCCAGUUUCCAUCCCCUUCUCCCAUAUUCCAUCCCCUUCUCCCAGAUUCCAUCCCCUUCUCCCUCAUUCCAUCCACUUCUCUCAGAUUCUAUCCCUUUUUCACAGAUUCCAUCCCCUUCUCCCAGAUUCCAUCCCCUUCUCCCAGAUUCCAUCCCCUUUUCCCUGAUUCCAUCCCCUUCUCCCCGAUUCCAUCCCCUUCUCCCAUAUUCCAUCCCCUUCUCCCAGAUUCCAUCCCCUUCUCCCAGAUUCCAUCCCCUUCUCCCAUAGUCCAUCCCCUUCUCCUAGAUUCCAUCCCCUUCUCCCAGAUUCCAUCCUUCUCCCAGAUUCCAUCCCCUUCUCCCAGAUUCCAUCCCCUUCUCCCAGAUUCCAUCCCCUUCUCCCAGAUUCCAUCCCCUUCUCCCUCAUUCCAUCCCCUUCUCCCAGAUUCCAUCCCCUUCUCCCAGAUUCUGUCCCCUUUUCCCAGAUUCCAUCCCUUUCUCCGAGAUUCCAUCCCCUUCUCCCAGAUUCCAUCCCCUUCUCCCAUAUUCCAUCCCCUUCUCCCAGAUUCCAUCCCCUUCUCCGUCAUUCCAUCCACUUCUCUCAGAUUCCAUCCCUUUUUCACAGAUUCCAUCCCCUUCUCCCAGAUUCCAUCCCCUUCUCCCAGAUUCCAUCCCCUUUUCCCUGAUUCCAUCCCCUUCUCCCCGAUUCCAUCCCCUUCUCCCAGAUUCCAUCCCCUUCUCCCAGAUUCCAUCCCUUUCUCCCAGAUUACAUCCCCUUCUCCCAGAUUCCAUCCCCUUCUCCCAUAUUCCAUCCCCUUCUCUCCGAUUCCAUCCCCUUCUCCCAGAUUCCAUCACCUUCUCCCAGAUUCCAUCCCCAUCUCCCAGAUUCCAUACCCUUCUCCCAGAUUCCAUCCCCUUCUCCCUCAUUCCAUCCCCUUCUCCCAGAUUCCAUCCCCUUCUCCCAUAUUCCAUCCCCUUCUCCCAGAUUCCAUCCCCUUCUCCCAGAUUCCAUCCCCUUAUCCCAGCUUCCAUCCCCUUCUCCCAGAUUCCAUCCGCUUCUCUCAAAUUCCAUCCCCUUCUUCCAGAUUCCAUCCACUUCUCCCAGAUUCCAUCCCCUUCUCCUUGAUUCCAUCCCCUUCUCCCAGAUUCCAUCCCCUUCUCCUAGAUUCCAUCCCCUUCUCCCAGAUUCCAUCCCCUUCUCCCAUAUUCCAUCCCCUUCUCCCACAUUCCAUCCCCUUCUCUCUCAUUCCAUCCACUUCUCUCAGAUUCCAUCCCUUUUUCACAGAUUCCAUCCCCUUCUCCCAGAUUCCAUCCCCUUCUCCGAGAUUCCAUCCCCUUCUCCCUGAUUCCAUCCCCUUCUCCCCGAUUCCAUCCCCUUCUCCCAGAUUCCAUCCCCUUCUCCCAGAUUCCAUCCCCUUCUCCCAGAUUCCAUCCCGCCCUUCCAGACUCUAUCCCCUUCUCCCAUAUUCCAUCCCCUUACCCCAGAUUCCAUCCCCUUCUCCCAGAUUCCAUCCCCUUCUCCCAUAUUCCAUCCCCUUCUCCCAUAUUCCAUCCCCUUCUCCUGGAUUCCAUCCCCUUCUCCCAGAUUCCAUCCCCUUCUCCCUCAUUCCAUCCCCUUCUCCCAGAUUCCAUCCCCUUCUCCCAGAUUCUGUCCCCUUUUCCAAGAUUCCAUCCUUUUUUCCCAGAUUCCAUCCCCUUCUCCCAGAUUCCAUCCUCUUCUCCCUCAUUCCAUCUCCUUCUACUAGAUUCCAUCCCCUUCUCCCAGAUUCCAUCCCCUUCUCCCCGAAUCCAUCCCCUUCUCCCUCAUUCCAUCCCCUUCUCCCAGAUUCCAUCCCCUUGUCCCUGAUUCCAUCCCCUUCUCCCCGAUUCCAUCCCCUUCUCCCUCAUUCCAUCCCCUUCUCCCAGAUUCCACCCCCUUCUUCCAGAUUCCAUCCCCUUCUCCCAGAUUCCAUCCCCUUCUCCCAAAUUCCAUCCCCUUCUUCCAGAUUCCAUCCACUUCUCCCAGAUUCCAUCCCCUUCUCCCAGAUUCUAUCCCCUUCUCCCAGAUUCCAUCCCCUUCUCCCAGAUUCCAUCCCCUUCUCCCAGAUUCCAUCCCCUUCUCCCAUAUUCCAUCCCCUUCUCCCACAUUCCAUCCCCUUCUCUCUCAUUCCAUCCACUUCUCUCAGAUUCCAUCCCUUUUUCACAGAUUCCAUCCCCUUCUCCCAGAUUCCAUCCCCUUCUCCUGGAUUCCAUCCCCUUCUCCCUCAUUCCAUCCCCUUCUCCCAGAUUCCACCCCCUUCUUCCAGAUUCCAUCCCCUUCUCCCAGAUUCCAUCCCCUUCUCCCAAAUUCCAUCCCCUUCUUUCAGAUUCCAUCCACUUUUCCCAGAUUCCAUCCCCUUCUCCCAGAUUCCAUCCCCUUCUCCCAAAUUCCAUCCCCUUCUCCCAGAUUCCAUCCCCUUCUCCCAGAUUCCAUCCCCUUCUCCCAUAUUUCAUCCCCUUCUCCCACAUUCCAUCCCCUUCUCUCACAUUCCAUCCACUUCUCUCAGAUUCCAUCCCUUUUUCACAGAUUCCAUCCCCUUCUCCCAGAUUCCAUCCCCUUCUCCGAGAUUCCAUCCCCUUCUCCCUGAUUCCAUCCCCUUCUCCCCGAUUCCAUCCCCUUCUCCCAGAUUCCAUCCCCUUCUCCCAGAUUCCAUCCCCUUCUCCCAUAUUCCAUCCCGCCCUCCCAGACUCCAUCCCCUUCUCCCAUAUUCCAUCCCCUUCUCCCAGAUUCCAUCCCCUUCUCCCAGAUUCCAUCCCCUUCUCCCAUAUUCCAUCCCCUUCUCCCAGAUUCCAUCCCCUUCUCCCUCAUUCCAUCAACUUCUCUCAGAUUCCAUCCCUUUUUCACAUAUUCCAUCCCCUUCUCCCAGAUUCCAUCCCCUUCUCCCAGAUUCCAUACCCUUCUCCCUGAUUCCAUCCCCUUCUCCCAGAUUCCACCCCCUUCUCCCAGAUUCCAUCUCCUUCGCCCAGAUUCUGUCCCCUUUUCCCAGAUUCCAUCCCUUUUUCCCAGAUUCCAUCCCCUUCUCCCAGAUUCCAUCCUCUUCUCCCUCAUUCCAUCUCCUUCUCCUAGAUUCCAUCCCCUUCUCCCAGAUUCCAUCCCCUUCUCCCAUAUUCCAUCCCCUUCUCCCCAAAUCCAUCCCCUUCUCCCUCAUUCCAUCCCCUUCUCUCAGAUUCCAUCCCCUUCUCUUAGAUUCCAUCCCCUUCUUCCCGAUUCCAUCCCCGAUUGCAACGGUCCAGGGUGUCUUGCAAGAGCGUUGCAACGCUCCUGGGUGGUCGACAAGAGCAUUGCAACAAUCCAGGGUGUCCGCUAAGAGCAUUGCAAUGCUCCGGGGUGUUCGCCAAGUGCAUUGCAAUGCUCUAGGGUGUCCGGCAAGAGCAUUGCAAUGCUUCAGGGUGGCCAUCAAGAGCAUUGGAGCGCUCCGGGGUGUCCGGAAAGAGCACUUCAAUGCUCCAAGGUGUCCGUCAAGAGCAUUGCAACUCUCCGGGGUGUCCGGCCACCCUGGAGCGUUGCAAUGCACUUGUCUGACACCCUGGAGCGUUGCAAUGCUCUUACCGGACACCCCGGAGCGUUGCAAUGUUCUUGCCGGACACCCUGGAGUGUUGUAA